AUGCAGAGGAAUCAUUAAUUUAUCAUUCUUAAUAUUUACAUAAUCUUAAUAAGGCUGCAGCUAAGGCUUAUGAUUUAGGUUUGUAGAACCCAGAACUUUAUUUUGAAACUCUAGAUAUUUGAUUAAAAUUUGAUUUUGACAAUCAUCCAGAUUUUGUUACCAUCUCAUUUCUAUUUACUAGAGAUUAUAUUUUGACUUAAAAUGAUGAAUCUAAGGAAUAUUUUAUUUCUUUAAAGUUAUAGAAACUCUAUUCUAUUUUCAGAUUAACAGCAGUAUUGGGUUAAAAUAGAUUGGCUGGUGAAGAUUUAACAGAUGUAUUAAUUCUAAUGUAUGAUAAUGCUUAAUUCAAUCCAAACCCAUAAUAAAAAUAUAUUCUUAGAAAUCUCACUUUUAAAUGCCUAUAGAAAAGCAGCAGAUAUGGUUAUUAUCGCUAAUUUCACAAACUUAAUCACAGUAUGAUUUAGUGAAU